AUGAUGGAAGAGGCUAAUGAUGAACAACCAGAAAUGGUGUCCCACGAGGAAGCUGUCCUGGCGGAAAAAGAAGCUACAGAGAAUUUGUCAUUAUCCUUAACAGGUUUCCCCUCAUCUUAUAGCCCCUUGCCUGUGACACUGGCAGCACCUUCACCUUUGCCAGCAUUUCUCGGCAAGUCACUGACAUCUCAGAUAGCAUCCCCAUCACCAGCACCAAGUGUUUCCCGUGUGUCUUCAUCCAGCCAAGAGCUCCCAUCAUUUGCUAAAGCACCAGAAUCUCCCCAGAUUCCUCAUGAAGGACAGGUGAAGGUGCCAGAACCAGGCGGAGGACAACAGCUAGCUGCUAGUUUAUCUAGCGCCGGUCAGGGGCUGUUUAGCUGGAUUUCUGGAAACAGUCUAGUUAACAGAGUCGUUGAAAAAACCAAGAGUUCAAUGGAAACUGUGAUUACAACAUUGGAUCCAGGGAUGAGAGAAGUCAUCUAUUCUGGAGGAGAUAUCAACAUCGUGGUAACAUCAACUAAAGAUAGUAAAGUUGUGCCCGUACGAGACGCAUUUCAGAAAGUGUUUGGAAAAGCAACUGUGUCAGGCAAAGAGUGUCAAGUUACAGUGGCUGUUCAGCCAGUGGGAUUCAUGGCUGGAGUGAAGGGUGCAGAAGAAAGAAUUUCCAGCUUGAGAAAAAGUGGCAACAUCCCGCAUGACCUGACAGUUAUAUCUAUAGAAGGCUUUAUUGUGGAGAUUGUGCCAGAUAGGUGGUUUGAGAUGAGCUGUCUAUUGUUGAAAGAUCCUAGACACGAUAUUGAGCUGCAGACAUUUUCACAGCCAAGCCUGAUUCCCACAGAGUACGUCCUGACUGCCCAAGAUAAAACCCCCUCAGAUUAUCCACUAAGGUGGUCAGGUUUGGCAGUGACCAUUGGUGAAGUAAUAGAAACUGCUCAGCCACACAUCGGCCAUGCUGAUUGGCACAUGGUCUUAACAGGCGUGUCACGCUGCCAGUCUCUCCAACUGGCACUGCAGAGUCUCGCUUACAUGUACAAGCAAAAGCUGCCAACGUCCUUUAUUUCUUGA